AUGGAAUAAAACUAACUAGUCAUUGAAGAUCUUAAAAUUUAAAAUUUAAACUUUGAUGCUACAAAGGUGAUUGCUAAUCUUAGUUGCUUAUCAAUUAAGCCCUAAUAGGCUACAAAAUACUUUUCUGAAUUCGCGAACUUCAAAAACUUAUAAGAAUUGAGAAUAUUUAUAGGAAACAAUAAAAAAACAUACUACGGCAAUGAAAGUUAAUAUGGAUUAACCUAUUUAGGAUAGGCUUUAGAAAAUUUAAUUAAUAUAGAGAAUAUAGAGAUUAAUCUGAGUGAAAGUAAAUUAAAUAACGAAGUGGCAGGCAGUUUAGGUUCAGCUAUUGCAGAUUUACAUCAACUUAAAGUUUUAUAACUUAUUCUUGAUCGCAAUAAAAUUAGUUUUAAAGGAGCAUCUUUUUUAGCUUCUAGCAUAGCAAAAUGUGUUAAUCUCUAAUAUUUAUAUUUAAACUUAGAUAAUAAUAAAUUAGAUAAACUAGAAAAUAAUGAAAGCAAAUAAUCUUAAUAAUUUGACAUCAUUCACUAAGAUGAAAAUGAAGAUGAAAACGAUGAAUAUGAAAGUGAAGAUGAAAACGAUGACUAUGAAAGUGUGUAUUAUGAUAAGGCUUUAAAAAAUAUAAUUUUAAAAACUAAAAGAUUAAUUAGAUUUGAAGUUAAAUGGAAUGAUUAAAGUAGAUAUUAUGAUUACUGA